GGAAGCCGCGCUGUUUUGGUUCCAUGAACACGCGGAAGCUACCGGUCUGUUACGAGGCAAAUCGCAAGGCUUGGAUGUUCACCUCUUGAUGGAUAAUUGGCUCAUAGACCUCGAUCGCCAGAUGGAGGAGAAGAAGCCAAACGUCCUGUUGCUGUUGUAUAACGCCCCAGUCCACGAUUAUGUUAUUCACAAAGUAAAGAUUGAAUCUCACGUCAAGUAGAGUAAAUAAGUGUUUUUUUAAGAAAGUGAUUUGAUUGUGUGUGUUGGGAGGGGGGUCUGUUGUACUGUGUUCUUUGUAUAAUUACAUGUACAUACAUGUCAAUACUUAUUUUUACAUGUAUAUGAUUGUUUCAAUACAUACUAUAAAGCAUAACGAUCUUGAAGUAAUAAAUAUAACAAUCAAACUGUUUUCAAAUUAAUAACAGUAUGCAUGCAUUUGCAUUCAAACACAUUUAACUAUAGGGAACAUCCAUGGACAAGGUACCUUUAAAUAUUUUGCAAAGUUUCAAUCGAUCUUGCGAAUGAAGACCACCUAUGAACACAGACCAUAACGACCAUUCGAUUGAGUGGUCUUUAUUGGCAGGUUAGACUGUAUUUAUACAUACGGUAACGUUUAUUUAGAUCUCGUUAAGUCACGUGGUGUUAUCGAUUGCGAAAUGGUUAGGUACAGACGAAGUCGGAGAUAGAUAAACACAAUGGACGAACAGGUUGACUUAAAUACUGAGAUCGAAGAGAUAAAGUUGGGCAUACGGCGACUCGAGGCAAACAUAAACAGGGUUUUACAGUGUGGCUCAGAUUGUCCUUGUUGCAGCCAAACGAAAAGUUUACGGACAGAUUUAGAUGCUGUUUCGUCACGCCUUGACGACCUGAAAGCUACGACAGAUGGCAUUCUGUCAUUUGAGAAGAGACUUAAAGAGAUGCAGACGAAAAUGUCCGAACUACAUAACAUAACAAUUGCGUUGCAGACGGACCAUGAUAACAAAGAAGAUGCCUCAAAAAUAGAACGAAAACGAUCUGUGGUUGAGACUCGUCAAGAAGCACAUACAUCGACUUCUUUAGGGAAUUCGGGACUGCACGACAGAUGCACUGAAAACUCUGCAACGUCAGGAGCCGAAAAGAAUACAUCAACUCUAUCCCCCGUGCAAACGAGCAUGCAAUCAAAUGAAUCGAGUAACGAUCACACCCAAGCUAGCUCAAUCCCACGUGGCAUAGGCAUGACUGUGAUAAAGCAAACGCAACGAAAAGUGUUCCAGGAGCUAGAUGCGUGGAUAUUGAUGUCACAAAGUGAACUCGACAUUGCUAGAUUGCUUACGGGUGAUAUAGAGGGUGUGGUGACAGUGUUGUUAAUAGACAUAUCGGAAAGCAUGGCGGAGGGUGAGGCGUGGGUACAGGCCAGGACUUUCGUCAUGGAUUAUCUAAAAGGUUUGAAAGAAGUACGAAGUCUUGAAGGUGCUAGUGACCUCAAAGAUGAGUACAUUGCAAUUGCAACAUUUGGGCACGAAACAGGAUUGCAAGUAUAUUUAACAUUGGAAUACGACACCAUUGUUAAAUACAUAGAUCAUGUCAGAUUGGGUGGUCCAAGUCCAUUGUAUGGCGGAUUAUGGAUGGCAAUGGCUGGGUCAGCCGCAGGCAGGUCCUUCACAACUAAUGGCAUUUUAGUUGUACCAAAAAUUAUCGUCAUUAGCGACUAUCGACCAACUGAAACGCUUUUAAUAAUGGGGCCCGACAUUCCAAAUGGAGAAACUAUCGACGAGAGCAUGGCUGAUAUCAUGUCCAUAUUGGGAGAAAUGAAUAAAACAGACAAAUCAGUGUUCUUCGUAGCUGUAGGAGACUUUAACAAAGACUUUGUCCAAGUGCUAAGGUCAAUCGACAAAAAGGUGUACAACUACACGGACGGGCGAAGACUCGCUAAACGUUACUUCCUUUCUACCAUGGCUGCUUCUUUUGAUUUUACGGCAUUCCGUUUUGACUUCAGAAGACGCCCGGACAUGUCGAGUGAGGAUCGGGCAGACAUGCAUGAUAUUCGAAUGGAAUCCCAUUGGCGAACGCAAAUGAUCGAUAGUGAUCCAAAAAAAUUGUAUCAUGAAAGUUUGAGUACAACAUUACCCAAAAUUGGUUCGCGCGUACGACGCGGACCAGAUUGGCGCAAUAAUGAUCAGGACGGAAAUGGGCCAGGGACAGUUGUCGGGCAUUCCGAGGAAGAUUCACGUGUAUGGGUUUGUUGGGAUGUGGAAAGUGAAUUUCUCUAUCUCCAAAACUACGGAGAAAAUGGAUAUGACGUACUUGUGACAGGAGAACAGCGAACCUUGAAACCAGGAGAGAAAAUUGGUGUGGGAUGCACAGUAAAGCCAGGCCGAGAUAGCCAAAAUCAAGGUUUUCACGAGUGGAACACUGGUGUCGUCAUUAGAGUCCAACCACCAAAAGCUCACGUCCGAUGGGACAGCGGAUCUCGUGGUGACUACAGUUAUGGAGAGGAUGGAAAAUACGAAAUAGAAAUCUGUACAUUGACAAGAGAUGAAGCCUCCGCGAUGGCACAUACUCCCGUGCAAACCAGACAUUCUACUAGAAAUGAAGUGAAGCCCGAACAAAGCACGCGGAAAAACAAAAACAAAAAUGAUUCAUAGCUCCGUAUAUAUAUCCAGGGAAUAUUAAUAGACACAGAAAAUAACACACAUAUACUUAUAUUUUUUGCUUGAAAUAGAUUUUACAAAGUU